ACUUAUUCCAGACACUCCUGACUAACACUAAUUAAUAGCCGCUGCGGAGCAGCGUUGGCACGAGGGGGGGGGGGGAAGGAUGCCACCAAAGACGGACGCUUCUCCCAACAAACAGAUGGAGAAGGCGACUUGAAGAAAUGAGAGUCAAAGGAGCGGUCUGUAAUGACGGCUCCCAGUAGGGCUAUCCUACUCUGGCAAAUCCCAGGAUCGGGCUUUAGUGGCUGGAGUCUUUUUGCACGUCAGGUCGUGGAAGCACGGGCAUCAGGGGGGGCAGCACCACUUGAGGCGGCUCUAGAACGCGGUAGGGGCCGGAGGUAUCACGUGAAUUACACCAUGCAUGCCUCAGGAAACUGGCCCUCCACCUCCGAUCACGUGGAGCUGUCUCAUGCCGGAGACUCUCGGAGAUGCUGUCAGUGUCAGAUUCAGGGCAGACCCCGGAUUGCUGCCGUUGCUGCAGAAGACCAACUGGUAACUCAGCGUCGGGGGACGGUCAGCCUGCCAGUCACAUCGGACUACUCUAAGCGCCGUCGCAGGACAUGACAAGUUUCCGCUGUUAAUCGGGGAUUAUUGGCUUGAUUUGGCGCUGUGUGUUUGGCGCCUGUCUAUCUACUUCCUUUCCGCUGCUGCCUUGGCCGCGCAUUCUCGAGAUCAAGAUCGUUACAGGAAAGGCGCUGAGCACCACACACACACGCCACGAUGGGUUCCGCAACUAACUUUGCCAAAGUA